AGCGCGGGUCGAACGAUGGCUUCGCCGAACAAAAAGUCCAAGGAACUGGAGGAUCCAGGUUCAGGCGAGGGUGUUGAGUCGCGGGACUACGACAUCGAAAUACAAAAGACACUCGAAGAGAUUGACGGGUGUCAGAAUCAAAUCGAUGGCCUCAAUGAAAAAGCCAGCGACGAAAUCCUCGAAGUUGAAAAGAAGUAUAAUAAGUUGCGUAAGCCCUAUUUCCAAAAACGGAAUGACAUUAUUAAGAGGAUACCCAAUUUUUGGGUGACCGCUUUUGUAAACAACAAAGAAAUAGCAGAAAUAUUGGAAGAAGAUGAAGAAGAUGCUCUUCGAUUUUUGAACAAACUAGAAGUUGAAGAAUUUGAAGAUAUUAAGUCUGGUUAUAGAAUCAAUUUUUACUUCGAUGAAAAUCCAUAUUUUGAGAAUGAAGUUCUUACUAAGGAAUUUCAUCUAGGUUCUUCUGGAGAUCCAGCCUCUCAAAGUACACCUAUACGCUGGAAGGAAGGUGCAGAUUUAACAAAAAGAGCAAAAACCAAAGCCCCGUUGAAAGGUCGCAAAAGGCCAUUGAAACAUAGGUCAUUCUUUGAUUGGUUUACGGAUCAUGGAGACCCAAGUUCAGAUGAAAUAGCAGAAUUAAUUAAGGAUGAUAUGUGGCCUAAUCCUUUACAGUAUUACUUGGCACCAGACAUGGAUGUUGAAAAUGGUAUUGAAGGAGAUGGUGAAGAUUGUGACACAGAAGAUGAGGAAGAAGAAGAAGAUGUUGGGGCAGAUGAUGGUGAUGAAGCAGGUGAAGGUGAGGAAGGAGAUGACAGUAUAGUUGUUGUCGAAGAUGAUGUCGAUGAAGAUGAAGAAGAAGAGGAGGCUGUGAAUGAGGAAGAUGAUGGGGUGAACGAGGAGGAUGAGUUACUAGUGGACGAUGAAGUGGAUCGUGAAGAUGGUGAUGGGGAGGAACCAGAAUAGAAUUCACAGUUGAUUUGCCACAUUACUGGUUUACAGUCAUAGGGAUUGAGAAGUGAUCACUGAAACUACACAUCAGAUUGGUUGAAAAUAGAAGAAGUUUGCAGGACUGAAACUAUCGAGCCAUAUGAAUAAACCUCAGGAGAAUUUUUGGAAAAUAAAGUAGGGAACUGAAUUUAGCAGAUCUAAUAUCUUUUCGUGCAAAAGGAUAUUGCCUGUAUAAAAAUACAAUACUUAUUCGAUUGCACCGAAAGUAGUUAAGGAAAACGACAAGGUCUGAAAUAAAUUAGAUAGGUUUCACUUUGUACUUUGUUCUGAAAUAGUGCCGGGGUACAGUACGAAUUCCUUAGUUAUAUUCAUAUGGCCUAGUCAUUCUCUAUUAUAGUAGGCAUGCAGUGAAGAACACCUGGUCAGCUUCAGCGUGUUAUGAUUAUACUAAGAGAAAAGUAAAUUAUAAAGUAUGACGUGUAGUGGACAGGUGUUCUUUUCGUCUUGUUUCAUCACAAAAAACUAUUCCAUCACAUUUCUUCCAGAACGAGGUGUUCCAGAUACUUUUUGAGGGUGACAGUAUUACAAAAAUAUGCCGAAAUCCACCGCAUUCGCUUUGUUGUUGCUGAGAAAACCAUUGUUUUAGGCCAGUACAAUUAGAUACUUGUAAAAAGUUUUACCUUAUUGCUAGAUUACAUUUAUGAAACUACGUUAUAAUUUUUUAAUACUGCAAGCUUGUAAA